GUAAGCAUUACCAAAUAUGGAGUUCGCUCGUUUUCCCAACCGUCCUCCCUUCGAACCUUAGCAGCUCUCAAUUUUAAUUUCUAAAAACAUUCAGGAAUAAUUCAAAUGAAUUCAUAGUGUUAUUUAGUAUAUAUAAUAAAAUUUCUUCUUCUAUUUAAACAUGUCGUUUAGGGUGGUGCGUAGUUCAAAAUUCCGCCACGUUUAUGGCCAGGCACUAAAAAGGGAACAGUGUUAUGAUAACAUAAGAGUUUCGAAGAGUUCUUGGGACUCUACGUUUUGUGCUGUGAACCCUAAGUUUCUGGCUAUCAUCGUAGAAUCAGCCGGUGGUGGUGCUUUCAUAGUCCUGCCUCACAAUAAGGUGGGCAGAAUCCCGGCCGAUCACCCGCUGGUCGGUGGGCACAAGGGGCCGGUGCUGGACAUUGCGUGGUGUCCGCAUAAUGACAACGUUAUAGCCAGCGGCUCGGAGGACUGUGUUGUCAAGGUCUGGCAGAUACCAGACGGCGGGCUCUCCCGCACGCUCACGGAACCUGUAGUCGACCUGGUGUACCACCAGCGUCGUGUCGGUCUGGUGCUCUGGCAUCCAACCGCCCAGAACGUUCUGCUAACGGCCGGGUCCGACAACCAGAUCGCAAUAUGGAACGUCGGCACCGGGGAAGUUUUGAUAAGUCUGGAUUGCCACCCGGAUCUCAUAUACUCGGCGUGCUGGAAUUGGACUGGCUCCAAGCUGCUGACGACGUGCCGGGAUAAGAAGAUCAGAAUAAUAGACCCGCGCAAGGGCGAGGUGGAGUCGGAGGCGAUCGCGCACGAGGGGAGCAAGGCGUCCAGAGCUAUAUUCUUGAAGCAUGGCCUCGUUUUUACUACAGGUUUCAGCCGCAUGUCGGAGCGGCAGUACUCGCUGCGCACGCCGGACGCGCUCGGCGAGCCGAUCGUGACCGUGGAGAUAGACACCAGCAACGGCGUCAUGUUCCCGCUCUACGACCCGGACACCAACCUGAUCUACCUGUGCGGCAAGGGCGACUCCGUCAUACGGUACUUCGAGGUUACACCGGAACCACCGUUCGUUCACUACAUCAACACCUUCCAGACGCCGGAUCCACAGAGAGGUAUUGGUAUGAUGCCGAAGCGCGGGUGCGACGUGGCGACGUGUGAAAUUGCCAAGUUCUAUCGACUCAACAACUCUGGAUUGUGUCAGGUGGUGUCGAUGACGGUGCCCCGGAAAUCGGAGCUCUUCCAAGAGGACCUGUACCCGGACACGCUGUCCGACGAGGCGAGCCUCACCGCGGACGAGUGGCUCGCCGGCGAGGACGCCGAGCCGUGCACCAUGUCGCUCAAGGAGCGCGCGCUCGUGGUGCAGGGCGGGUACGUGAGCGGGCGCGCGCAGACGCUCACCGUGACGCGGCGCACCAACGCGCUGGCCACGGGCCGCGAGCGCCGCCGCGACGACGACGACAAGCCCGAGCGCUCGCCCACGCCCCGCGACAGCCACGCCGGCACGCCCGCCUCCGCCACGCCGCCGCCCGCGCUCGCCGCGCUCAUGGAGAAACAACUAUCCGAUCUCGUGGACGAGAUACGCAAGCUUAAGUCCGUGAUCGUCAAACAAGAGAACCGCAUCCGCGCGCUCGAAGCGACCGUGAAGGCGGUGCUGCCACCGCCCACGCCCGUCACGCCGGCCGUGACCACGCCCGCGCCCACGCCCGACAAUGACCACGACCACGACGAUGACGCCAUGGCCCCGGAUGAAGUCUGAGCGCAAACGCGCUGCGUGAGUCUUGUAUAGAUGUAUUUUGAAUUUCGAACGUCUAACGGCUUUGCAAAUGGAAUUUGAAUUUAGAACGUUAUUUCUUUUUUAAUGCAAAGAAUCUUAAUGAAAUGCAUACGUCAAUUAUCAGUGUCAAUGUCAAUUUUGAAUUAUGAAUUUUUUUAAUGAUUCAAAAAACCCGUAAAUAAAGAUAUUUAUAUAACGACCUACAUUCAGGGUACUAGAUAUUUUAAAAAGUGCCUGAUUAAAUAUAUAUGUAUACUUAUGUACUAAAUGUGUGUGCCUUUUUUACAAUAGGAUUUAAUAAAUACAGACAAAAUCUAUACAAGACUACUAUGUCGACCUGAUUUUAUUAAACAUAGCGUAAGGAACUCAUAUAGCUUCUAUAUUUUCUACUUUGUCUAUAUUCUUUACUGAUGGAGCUGACGGACAUAAGAAUAUUAUUGAAACAAAUAAACUUAUGAAAAUAUAUUAAUAACAAAUUCAAAUAUUCAAAUUUUAGUAGACUUAUUUUUCUUUCUUUUUAGCCUUCUCUUUGUAUCAGCUUAACAUUUAGGAUUCUUUAUAAAGUCAUUAUGAAAACCGGAUUAAAAACGCGUUUCUUUUUUCAUUUAUUACUAAAUAUUAUUGCCAGUUCCUUUGGUCUUUAUCUCAUGUUACUAUGAAAAUAUUCGAUGCAGAAACGCAGUUAGGGGGGGGGGGUGGUUAAAAAAAAUUUAAUUUAAAAAUUAUCAAAUUCCCCCUCCCAAGUAGUUGUCCUUACAACGACACUACUUCAAUAUUAUUAUUUAUACGAUAAGGAUGAAAUUUUUAAUGCACCCAAAAGAAACAUAGAGGACGACAUGUACAAAAAUCACGAGUUUCUCUGGACAUUGAAGAAUUUAUCCUUAAAUAUUGCUAAUAUUAAAAUACAAAGUGCUUUAUAUUCAAUGAAAUGUAUGUAUUUAUUUAUAUUUUAGAUUAUAAGCUUAAAUACAGAUGGAAAAAUGUGCCUUAAAUUGUCAUUAGUCACAAAAAUUCAAUAAAUACAAUUGGUGAUUGUUAUAAUUAUUGCAUUUAGUAUACAUUUGAAAAUGUCAAACUUCAAAUGGGCCAAUUAUGUUUUUUUUUUUUUAUUAAUCUUAUUUACACAGAGCCUAUAGGUAAAUAAAUGCUCAGUACCGGCAUAGUCAUACAUAAAACGAGUUAAAUCUUAGCACGUUAUACUUUUAAAUCGUAGACAUUUAUAUGCUGAUGAAUAAAAUCGAUGUUGUCAAUAAAUAUAUUUUAUCUAGAUUUAAAAUAAUUGGAAGAGGCGAAAUCGCCGUAACGUAGCAAGCAAUACUAAUUUAACACCCGUUUAACAUAUAGGUAUGGUGUUGCCAAGGAAAUGUAUGAAGUCUCAAUUAACUUAAGUAAUUUAUUUCAAUUUUGUAUCUCAGCUUAGUGCUAUUUUAACAAACGCAGCACCGUUGUGUGCGUAUUGACUAUAUUUUGGCCAUUUGACCGUAACGCGGUGGUUUGACAGCUAGUCAUGUCAUUUUGACAUCUGACAGAUAAAGGGUGACAUUGCCAUUUCAUUUUUUUUUUUAAAUAUUCGCUUGCAAGAGGGUUCAUAGGAUGAAUGUUAUGAGGUUUCACAUAAAAAAAUUAAAUUUAUUUUAUAUCGUAGCUUGAUAUAGCUGACUUUCUUGAUGAUAGUAAUUGAUGUGACAAAUUAAAUUGCGAAACUCGCAAGCAAGUUUUAACUAAUUACAAUUAUAUUAUUUUUAUUGCCUAUUAUGUAUUCGAAUUUGAGAUUAUAUGUGAGUGGUAUAAUGUCGCCCUGGCGUGUGUUGUCACUAUUUGACAGCAUAGUAUUAUAGUCUAAAUUAAAUAGUAUUAUUACGAUGAUUAUUAUUUUUUUUUGUAAUUUUAAGAUGGCGUAAUUUUAGAUGUUUUUUUAAGAUCAUGACAAGGCAAUGCAUGGUGUAGAUUGUAUGAAAUGCUUGUAUAAUUAAGGAUAUUUGUGUAAAUUAUUUGUCGUACAUCGUAUGUGAAGCUUCAGUUAUUAUUAUAUUAUUAAUUAUUAUUUUUUGUAUUACUUAUUUUGUUUUGGUAGCUAACAUUUAUCGUGUAAACGCAGGAAAUAUCGAGCUAAUUGUACUUAUUUUAAAGUUUAUAUUUGCGGUAUUAGAUAUGCGCGUUAUAGAUUUCCCUUUUUAUUAUAUAGUGUCGCACGCGUGUGGAUACAGGACAGAAACACUUUUACAUAGCUGUUUAUCUUUGCUUAAGAGCGAGACGGAUAUGUUUUGAAGCUUCAUUUUUAAUAUUCACACGCGAUGAGUAUUUUUUUUCUUUAAAUUUUAUUUCAGAAUAUUGCAUAUAAUUGAAUCGUGCCAAAUGAUUAAAUGCUUAUUUUAAAUAUUAACGGGGCUUGCUGCUUUCUCUUUAUAAAAAUAAAUUAUUUGACUGUCUGUUUGUGCUGACGGAAAAUGUGUAUAUAGCUCUCCAAUUUUUAGAAAAUAAUAAGUUUUAAAAUGAAAAUAGUAAAAUACAACGCACAAUAAGUUUAUUCUCUAUAUUAUAUCAUAUAAGGUGCCAAUAUGGUUCUAGUAUUGCAAUUAAUAAAAAUACCCUAUUUGUAAUGACGUCUUCCCUCACGUUAUUUCUUAUUGAAUUUUAAUGUAUAUAAACCCUUGCUCAUUUUGAUUAUCUUUAUUGAUCUAAAUGUUAUUUAUAAUUAAGAUGCAAUAGAUUGUUUUAUAUUUCCCCGUUAAUGUAAGAAGAUGAAAUGUCAAACAAAUAGGUAUAACCUAGAGAUUCUCAAUAAAUAUUUUUUGUUAUGUAUUAAACUAAAAUGUGGACCACUAACCGUUAAAUUUGCUUUAAACAUUGUUAACAUUCGCUUGAUCAAUAUAAGUGUGUGUUUGUAAAGCUUAUUUCGCGUAAUGUUACAUAUUUUUUACCUUAUCUCGCCACAAAUAAAAUAAUAAAAAAAAAAUUUCUGACUCAUUUUGGCGGUAAAAUCGUUGACAGUUUUAAUUAAAAUUCUACAGACUAAAUAAUAAUUUUGCGUUUGUUAAAUGGCAACACAUUGGUGCUAAUUGACAAGCUAUUAGUUUUUGAUGUCAUUAGUAUUCCUAAUUUUAAUUCUUACUCGUUCAAUUUCCAAAACGAUGUUGCCAGUAUAUUAAUGUGAUUUGCCAAUGAUGUUAAAAAUAAUUUUGAAUAUGUUGGAAAUUAUCAAGAGCAGUUGGAACGAAGUGCCUUGUUGUGUUAGAUAAUUAAUACUCAAAAUGUUGCAAUUAUGAAAGUUGAGCUGCAAUAAAUGUCUAUUUUACUAUUUUCA